AUGGCUAGUCCUGCCAUAAACCCCGAUAUCGAGACAUCUGCCGCUAUCUACGACGUCGAAAGCGACUAUGGAUCCGAUUUCUCGCCUGAGCAAGAGCAGAUAGUCGAGGCGCUGCUAUCACAACAACAGGUCGCAGACGACAAUCCCAUCCUCAACGACAUCGAAGAUGAGCCGCGACAAGCUCUUCGUCUCCCUCGUAUCGUCGGUAGGGAGGAGAGAUCUCCUCUGUUCCAGGCGGCCCGGGCUGCAGAGGAGGUUGCGGAGCAGAUCAGCAAGUCAAUCAAGACGCGCGAGUACCCGGACUUGGGUAAUCGAAUUCUAGAUAUACACCCUGUUCUCGAGAUAUCACCAGAUACUGUCCCGCCAGGCCCCCAGCUUCCUGAUAUGCGAUCCCCUCUCGAACGAUUCCGCACGCCACCGAAGAAAGCGCUUUCUGUCACAGACUUGGUGUCGCCGGCAUGGUGCGAACUACAAUAUUUUUAUACCUUGUCGAAAUAUGGGAGGAAAAUACGAACAAAGGCAAUGAAGCAAGGCAGUGUGGUGCAUCAGAAGCUUGAAGACGAGGUACAUACAACUAUUAAGGUCGACAUUCAGACGAAAGAGGAUGCUUGGGGCCUUCGAAUAUGGAACGUUAUCCAAGGAUUAAGGACAUUGCGAGAUACAGGCUUGACACGAGAGCUUGAGGUAUGGGGAACGAUAGAUGGAUUAGUAGUUAGUGGCAUCAUUGACGAAUUGUCCUACAUUUGUCCAGAUAGCGAGCUCGAGGAAUCUCUACAAGAGGCCCCUAAAGACGAGCCCCCUUCUGACCAGCCGACUAUCGCUGAUUUCUUCAAAGCGGGAGGAAGCUCUUCCAUUAAUGAAGCAACAAGAAACAAAAAACGAUCUCAGGCGAAGAAAGUCUACCUGUGCGACGUAAAAACUCGAUCAGUCCGAAGUCUACCCUCAGGGGCCACUUUUCGUCCGACAAGAAUGCAGCUCCAACUCUAUCAUCGUCUGCUCUCAGAGCUCGCAACAAACACUGUGGAUUUCUCUGCAUUCACAGAUCGGUACAAUCUCGACCCAUUGAAGGUAUUCUCCGACGAAUUCAUCGCCCAGGUAGGCAGUCUCAACGACGAAAUCUUCGAAGAUUCCUCUUCUGUGCCUGCUGGAAGUCAAGAGUCAUUUCCAGCAUCGAGCCAAGACUCAAUGACUACACUGCUAGCACAUAACAACCUUGCGACGCUAUGGUCCCUCAUGAUUUCCGAAUUCCAUAUCACUCUCCCAGACGGAACUGCUUCUCUUGGGCGAAUCCUUAAGGCCGAGUACAGGUCAAGGGACACUGGCGAGAUAGUAGGAAGUAAGAACUUUGCUAUGGAUGACCAGGAGUUGAGAGCUUAUGUUCAAAGCGAGAUGCAGUGGUGGAAAGGAGAGAGAGAAGCAAAAGGUGUGGUCAUCGAGGAGGCGUAUAAAUGUCGCAGUUGCGAUUUUGCGGAGAACUGCGAGUGGAGGCUCAAGAAAGUUGAGGAGGCGAAAGAGAAAGUCAGGAUGACAAGGAAGAGAACUGCUGCGAUUUGA